AUGGUAAUCAGGGGAGCCAUUGGUAGUGGUAAGGUAAGAUCCUAUGACUGGAACCGCGGUCAAGGUGAUAAUCAUACACCCAUUGGUUCUCUGGGUGACUAUUUCAUUGGUCCUGGUUUGGAUUUACUGUUGCAGCAUUUGGCCGAGAAUGAUCCCAAUAGGCACGGAACUCCACCUGCGCAGAAGGAGGCCAUCGAAGCAUUGCCUACCGUGACAAUUGACGAGAAUAUGCAAUGUUCUAUUUGCCUUGAUGAUCUUGAAGUUGGUUCUGAAGCCAAACAGAUGCCCUGUAAACAUAUGUUUCAUAGUGGAUGUAUCCUUCCUUGGUUGGAGCUCCAUAGUUCUUGUCCGGUUUGCAGGUAUCAGUUGCCCGCUGAUGAAUCUAAGCGCGAACCGGAUGCAUCCUUGAGGACUAGCAGUAAUCAAAGGGAGGAUGAAAAUACUGGACAUGACAAUGUUGAUGGGGAUAUUGAAGGAAGAAAUGCAAGUGGGAGUAGAAGAUUCUCCUUUCCAUGGCCUUUCAAUGGUUUAUUUUCUUCACCAAACCCUUCAGCAGCAUCUUCUUCUAGCAACAAUCCAAAUGGAGAUAAUGUUACUCGAUCAGAAGAGAACUGAUUAGCAUUCAAUCUCUAAUGUACAUAUCUCUUGAUACUAAUCAGGAAACUUAAAUGUUGAGAGAUUAAGAAAUGAUGUCUCCUGACCUGAGUAUGCUUUUGCCAUAUUUUUGCCCCCUUUUUUGGCUCCCUAGUAUUGUCGUUGUUGUUGUAUUACCCUUGUGUUUUACCACCCAACUUGAUAUAUUUUGUAUAAUUUCUUAUAGGGGGUGUUAUUUUUUCCCCACAUAUUAAUGCAAGAUAAAUAUACUUAUACAUA